GAGGGAGAGAGUUUGAAAAAAAGAGAAAGAUGUCAUCCUGUCGAUUGAAACACCGAGGCGGAGCCAUGGACCGCGGCCGACCAGGAGCUCUCUAGUUAGGGGACGAGCUGUACGCAACGCCGAGGCUUGGAACCCGACGCUGCGGCCUUUUCUCGGAGCUAUCGCAAAAUAAAUGACUCCCGAACAGCUGCUGACUAUGAUUAGCACGUUUCGACUACUCGUCCAUCUUCUGUUUAAAAAUAAUCUCUAUUUUGCAUGCAAUUCACCAGAUUUUAUUACAGUAGACAUAAGCAAAUUAUAUUAAAAAUGCACCAUUAAAGCAAGCAUGAUACCAACCAUUUUGUCGCAUUUACAAAAGCAUCUUGUCAGUGCCUGUUUAUCGCCAACAGAUAUUAAUUGAGAACUCAUAGCAGCCUAAUCACUAAUAAGUGUUAAGUUGAUUGAAGCUAAAUAUCGUCCGGUGUCAUCGUAUAUCUCCAUUAAUUAACCCGGGCAGGUAGAGAGGAGCUGCCAUACAGGCCUCGGGUUGUGUUUUCAGAGCAGUAGUUGGAGCAUUUCUUCCCGGGCUCCGUUGCCCUCCUCCCUCCCCUCUUUGCUCCCAGCCUGGUGAGCUUUUACUCCUUCACGAUGGACACCUCCUGGAGCAAUUUCCUUUUUCAGACGGCGCCGACUCAGAACCAACCGGAGACGCCUCUUCAGUCGGAGCUGCUGCCUGAGCUGACGGGCUCGGCUCAGAGUCCUCCUGCCGACCACAUCGUGACGCCGCCGUCCACCGUCGACACCGCCGCCCUGAGCGAGGAGCCGCUACCUGUCAAACCGCUCACCAAGCCGAGCCGGCCCGCCCACAUCUGUGCCACCUGCAACAAGGAGUUCAAGAACAGCUACAACCUGCGGCGCCACCAGUCGGUGCACACGGGCAUCAAGAUGAAGGACCGCGCCGCCCGCGAGAAGGAGGACGGAGCGAAGGGCGCACGGCUGGAGAAGCAGACCGUCCCUCUCUCCCUCCUCCACCUCACCCUGCCCCCACAGCCCCCUCCUCCUCCUCCUCCUCCCCCUCCCACCGUCACCGCACCGGAGACCCUCCCCCAACCGGGUCAGCACGCCAACCAGGAGAGCCAGCCGGUCUCUGUGUCCAUUGCCCCGGCAACCGUAACCAUGGCUGCACCGCCGCAACCCAUCCAAGCAGCUGUUGUUGUUGUUGGGUCCAUGGAGCAGAAUCCAAACCCCACCCCCACCCCCAACCCCAACACUAACCAGGUGAGGAAGAACCACGCCUGUGAGGCCUGCGGGAAGGCCUUCAGAGACGUGUACCACCUCAACCGCCACCGGCUGUCCCACUCGGACGAGAAGCCCUACUCCUGCCCCAUCUGCCAGCAGCGCUUCAAGAGGAAAGACAGGAUGAGCUAUCACGUGCGCUCGCACCAGGGCGGCGUGGAGAAACCGUACAUCUGUCCGCACUGCGCCAAGGCCUUCUCCAGACCGGACCACCUCAACAGUCACGUUCGACAGGUGCACUCUACAGAGAGACCGUUCAAGUGCACGGUAACGUCUUCAUCUGUCUGUUCAACCAAUAUGGACGUGCACGUCAGCGUUCGCCACACGCGACCGUCUCCGUGCUCAUCUGAUCCGUCACGAGGAGAAGGUGCCGUGUCACAUCUGCGGGAAGCUGCUGUCCGCUGCUUACAUCACCGACCACAUGAGGGUCCACAACCAAUCGCAGCACCACGCCUGUCACCUCUGCAACCGCAGCUUCACCACCCUCACCUAUCUGCGUGUCCACGCUCAGAAGCACCACGGCCAGGAGUGGAAGGAGAGCGGUGGUGCGCGGGGGGGUUUCGGUGGAACGGGGGCCGGCGGGGUGCUGCUCUGCCAGCUGUGUGGGGUGCAGUGCAAGACGGCCACGCAGCUCCAGGGUCACAUGGGCACCCACGCCAACCAGGGCGACCCCAGCCCCGACCCGACGAGCACGGCCCCCCUGGGCACCACCAGCGUGGCCGUCACUGUGUCCAGCGCGAGCACAGUGGGACUGCUGGUUACUGACUGCUCCAGUAUCGCCCCCCAGCCUCACAGCUAGCACUGC